AUGUUUUGGAUUUUGGUUCAACCUCUGGAACAGCCAUGCGAAGAACCAACAGCGCAACAAUCCAAACAAGAAGCACCUGUUGAUGUCUGCCCUCCAGAACCCAACAAGCAGGGUGUUACGGUGUCUAUUACAAGCUUUGUUAUUGAAGAGUUUUUCAAGGAUGCCGAUGUCUAUCAAGUUUCUGAUGAAGAACAAUCACAAAAACCUCAAAUGGCACGGCAAUCAGAAAAAGAAACUCUAAUCUUGUCAUCAUUUGACAGUGCUGCUCAACCUAGGGAAAAGGAAGAUGAAAGGCCUUCUUUUAGCCUUGAGAUAAGUCCACCAGCAUCUCAACCAACUCAGCCCUCCUAAGAGAGUGAUUCACAGCUUGAAAUCCUUGCAGAGGUCGUGGUAGAUGCUGGAGUGGCAGCAUCAUUUAAAUUUGUUGAAGGA